AUGCUCAAGUUCACUAGUGUCGUCGCUACUCUCUCCGAAAAUUCGUUGCCAAGUGAGGAGUUGUUGACUGAUCUCAUACAGUCUAGUAUGAGUGCUCACAUCACACAGGGGUAUAAGAGCUCAGCUGCUGAUGCCUUCGCACUGCAAGCUGCUGUCAUCGAAAUGGCGAGAUUCGUACGAGCAAUGAGACGUGUUCGCAUGGCCACAACCCAGUAUGUUGCCUCGACUAUGGGCUCCUUCAAAGUGAUGACGAAGAUGCUAGCAAGAUACUUCACAAUCCGUACAUCCAUGAUGCUGCUGGUAUCCACACUGGUGUAUACGGUAUGGGAAGGGAGGGAUGAAGCCGUUGAUGCUUACGCUCUAUGGGGGCUACUGCCUGGUCUUAUUAUAUUACAGUUGCUAAUCAAGGGCGGCGCGAUCCGUGCAGUGUAUUGCGUAGCACCCCUCUUCGCAUGGACCCUCCUGGGCAGCGCCCUUGGGCUAGCCUCCGCUGAGAGUAACCUUGGUAGCAUCAGUGCCUACGCCACACAAAUGGUGCUGCUGGCUGCUAUCGCUUCCUACCUACAUCGUGGAUCCCUUAAGAAGGUAUCGGGACCGAUACUAGCAUAUCAAUCUUGGCUCGUAGUGGCUGUAGCCAACUGGACGGAUGACGAGGGUCGAGAUUCCUUCGCCAUGUGGCACGUGGCACUGUACCGAAUAGCCAUAGUCUGCACGGGUGUAUUCCUCGCGAUGAUCUUCGCGAUGUUGCCCCCACCUUUCCGGCUCCUUCCUGCUCUCGAUGGUCCUCAUAAGCACCUAGUGCAGACAGCCGUUGACGUCGCCGUCCGGUCAGUGGUUAGGGCCAGUCGUUGCCAUGCUAGCAACGGAGUGAAGGCAGAGGGACAAAGUGCCUUAGCGUACUCCCGUAGCAUGAGCCGUGCUCUUUCUGUGGCCACCGAAGAGGAGGAGGAGAAGCCACAGAUAACAAAUCACCCGACUCUCGUACUCCACCGCGAUGGGGCCCUAGAGGGAGUAGAUCCUAACUCACUCGACUUACUGGUGCAUUUCCCGCCUGCAACCAAGCCUUUGCUACGUCAAAGCAAACUGCAAGAUAAUAUUAUGCGACGAGGCGGCCACUCGGCUAAUGUCAAUGAUGUCUUGGUGGAUCUGUCAUAUGCUGCGCUAGCAGUGGCAGGACCGGCCAAGGACUGUCGGCUCGGCAGGGAGGGGGUUGCUGUAGCUGGUGACCUCAUCGUGAGGAUGGAAGAGCUACUGGGGGCGAUUAAGAUAUCUGAGUCUAGCAUUGAUGUUACUACAGCGCAGCAGCUACACAGUCCCAGUUGGGUGAAGCAGGCUGUCAUGAGGCUCAAUGUAGAGCUUACUAAGACACGCACUAUGUUGUGGGCUGAGACUGGGUGGAAAACCGACAAGGCGACGCACACCAUUGAUCCGGCCGAGAAGUUCCUGCUUACAGGUCUCCUGCAGAUUGUCUCUCUGGCAACUCAUCUCGUCCAUUUCGGUGAUUGUUGGAUGCGUUUUGAGGAGGUUGUUGGGCUCGAGUCGGAAGGCAUUGCUGGCAACACCGGCACUAAUCCCUUCAUCAAUCGUGGCCAAUCAUCGACUGAACUCGUUGGAGUACCAUCAUCUCGCGAGCAUCAUCAUCAUCAUCAUCAUCAUCAUCAUCACCUCCCGCCCCUCGUCACCAGGUCGAAGUCGGCACAUCAAUUCGAAGUGAAGAAUAGUCAUGAAGGCCUCUCCAGAGGGGCUCGUUGAUUUUGUUGGCA